CAGCAGCAGAGAGAGACUCCUGCAGCUGCUUCACUGCUUCCACACUGGAACUGGCAUUCAGGCUUGUGCUCUUCAUGCUUCCACACUGCGUCCUCCUGUCCGGUUACCGGGGUCCUGCAGGACUCCCCAGGUGAACACAAGGAUCACACCCAUCCAGCAGGAGCAAAAAGGGGGAUGACUGAAAGAAGCUGUGCAAAACAAAAAAGCCAAUAUGAUGUCUGCUAUGGAGACUGGUGCUCCUGCAGUGUACCAACCUGCACAGCUGCUCAACUGGGUCUACAUGUCUCUGCAAGACACCCAGAGCAGCACUUUUGAUGCGUUCAAAGCCGAGUCGGACACUUCUCCUCAGGACUUGAACAUCUCCAAGCGAAGUGCAGCUGAUCUGAGCGCCAACUAUCUCAACAACUUCUUCCAUCUGAGGAGUGAGGCCUUGAACAACAAUUUCUACAAGAGCUCCUCGCCCUACGGGUCCCUCAACAAUAUCGUGGACGGACUGAGCUCUCUGGCGGACCAUUUCUCAGACCUCUCCCUGUCCCCAGAGUCACGCAAACCCAGCAAAAGGCCGCCACCCAACUACCUGUGCCACCUUUGCUUCAACAAAGGCCACUACAUCAAAGAUUGCCCUCAGGCUCGACCCAAAGGUGAAGGCCUGACCCCGUAUCAGGGAAAGAAGAGGUGUUUCGGUGAAUAUAAAUGCCCUAAAUGCAAGAGGAAGUGGAUGAGCGGGAACUCCUGGGCCAACAUGGGACAAGAAUGUAUCAAGUGCCACAUCAACGUUUACCCUCAUAAGCAGCGACCUCUGGAGAAACCGGACGGGUUAGACGUAUCAGACCAGAGCAAGGAGCAUCCACAACAUCUGUGUGAGAAAUGCAAAGUCCUCGGCUACUACUGCCGCCGUGUGCAAUAACACACUCUACUCGUUGCCUUACGUAUUCUUCCAAAGCUUUGAAAAAAAGGGAGUUAUAUUUGAAUUACUAAAAUACACGAUAAUUAACUUUAUUGUACUGUAAUGCAUCUAACAGUUUAUUCUCUUUGGCACUGUGACUCUCAGUAUAAGAGGAUCAUUUUUCUAAAGUAUCCCUCAGCGGAGACGAGUUCUUUGCAUCUGCUGGGUUCUUGUAACUUACUCAGUUAUUCAUUAUGUGAAUAUUCAUUUUGAAAGUCUUAACUAUGAAUCUUACCGACUGUGAAUUAAGAAACUUUAGCUCUGUGUCUGUCUUCACUCGCGUCCACAACAUGUUGGAACAAAAGAGAAGUUUCCAGAUGAAGAUUCUCUUUUACAUGUUUGUAUAUUCCAGAAAAUAACUUAAAUGCAAUGAUGUUUUCUGUAUAAAAUAUGCAACAAGUCUUUACUAAGAAGGAUAUACAGCAUUAGUGUGUAUCUGCAUUAUUAUUGUCUGUAUUAUCAGUACUGGAGGGUACAUAAUGUUUGGAUAUAUUUUUAAGCCAUUACUGUUUUGUUGAUUAUUACACUUUGUGAAGGAAUAUAUUAGCCAACUAACAUUUAUUCUUUAUAAGUAUGUGCCUGUAUAUCUGAAGACACCUUUUAGGAAGUUUGUCAUUACAACUUUUAAACCAAUGCAAUAUGAUAGAAACAUUUUGUUUCCUGAGAAUUUUAAUAAGUUACAGCACAAUUAUAUUUUGGCACCCAGUGCCAAGAAAGACUCACCGAAGUGCUUUUUUAUGGGUCAGAGGUCAUAAUGUAUGGAGUCAGAGGAGUGCCAUGAAAAAAAGUAAAUCUGUAAAAAAAAAAAAAAAAAAAAAAAAAGUGUAAAUCUAAAAAGAAAUAAA